CACUGACUCCGCACCUGCUUAUCCUACACCUACUUUUAUGCCAUAGACUCCCAUCCCUAUGCCGUACUGUUCGCCCUGUUCGCCCUCACAGCAGCACGGUAGAGGCAGCUGACGUGGCGGAGGUGUGCGAGAGGCUGCAGGCGAAGCUGGGCGAGGCUGGGCAAGGCUGGGCUUCUGGGUGCCCGGUGGCGGUGUUUGAGGUGAGGAGUGACGUGCAGAGGAAGGAGGAGGCCAUCCGUCUCUGCAAAGCAGCCCAUAUGUCCUCUCCUGUGGAACCCUUCCCCACCCUCUCUUCUCCCUCACCCCACUCUCCCUUGCAGCUCUCUCAUUGGCUCAUCAUCUCCCCAGAAUUUCCCCUCAGUCCCCUAGAGUACCGGCUAGCUCUCGUUUGUUGCCCCUUCCCCCUCUCCCACCGACCUGCUCCCACAUUCAUCCUCUCUUUUCCUCCCCACUCUCCCGCCUUUCCCUCCCCUCCCCACUCUCCCGCCUUUCCCUCCCCUCCCCACUCUCCCGCCUUUCCCUCCCCUCCCCACUCUCCCGCCUUUCCCUCCCCUCUCCACUCUCCCCCUCUUCCCUCCCCUCCCCACUCUCCUCCCCUUCCGUCCCCAUCUUGGCCCCUUCCCUCCCCACCCUCCCCCCUUGCCCCUCCCCCAGCUCUUUGA